AUGCCAUCGCUUGUCGAGCCCCCUACUCCUCCGAGAUUCAAUGGCAGGUUCAAUACAGGCCUGCACGCAGAAGCAAUGGAGAUGUCGCAACGCAUCCUUGAUACUAUCUUUCGAUACAGGAGUCCUCUACCCAAGAAUGCUUCUGAUCGUAGCGACGAGGGCGCAAUCAAGUUCCUCGGUCAGAUCUAUCGCUUCGUGAAGAUGAAUAAGGCGAUCCGCAUGGCUAUGCCUGCAUUUCCGUUCAAGAGCCCCAAUAGUGCAGUAAAGGUCCUGGGGACGAUGCCGGACAAAGCUGAGGAUGUUGCACUUGCGCAUCUUAACGGGCUCUGCAGUGCCAUCGAGGACAUCUACCCUCCUGGUGCGGUACUUGUUAUUGUUUCAGAUGGACUGGUGUACAACGACCUUCUGGGCGUACCUGACAACACGGUUUGGAUGUAUGGCCAAGAGCUUCGCGCACUCACCAAAGCUCGUGACUAUUCACACAUCGAGUUUGCACGCAUCAAAGAUCUGCUGGCCGCCCCAAAACUUCAUGAAGAGACCGAUGGCAUGACGUAUGCUGCCACAGCAUCUUCUAUCCGCCUCACUCUCAUGAAUCGCUAUGGAAGCCACAACUGGGAUGAGACUCACAACGACUCACAUGCAGGUCUGGAUGAGAACAAGCAGCUGACAUACUGUUCAUAUCUCAAAUUCCUCGAGCUUGACUUGGCGGCCACAUAUCCCAUUUGCGAAGAGCGAUCAAAAAGCCGAUUCAAGCGGGGUGUUGAGAAGAUCGCCAAGAGCAUGUUGAAGCGUGGAGAGGCAUUCGCAAGAGCAAUGCGCGAGAAUUUUCAAGACCACGUGCGAUUGUCAAUUCACCCUUCCACUGGUGAAGACAAGAUAUCGAUCAACGUCUUACCACUUGGAAAGACGAUGACACCCUGGCACAACACUGUCGCGUUCAAAUUGGACGGUACCCUCAUUGCUGGUCAUCGUCACGGAUUUCAACAGAUGAGUGACAUGGAGCUGGUAUAUGAAGAUGGCCGAGCAUCGUACUUUCGAGAACGAUCGCACGUCUAUGACUGGGCAACACCAGUGACCUUCGAGCCUAUGUAUCCAUGCGGGAUUAUGAUCCGACCAGCACAAGGCUUAAAGCGCUGUUCGAUCAGCAUGAUUGAAGCACGGAAAGUCCGCGAACUGGCCGUUCAAAAUUCGCCAGUCGUACUCCGUGGCUUCACGGAAACAAGGAAUCGCGAAAGAUUCGUCGCCAAGGCUCACGAGCUUGGAGUGCCUACACCGUGGAAGUUCGGACUUGUUUUGGAAGUCAAAGACCACGGGGAAGAGAGCCAGGGACUGAACAACGUGCUAAGCAAAGAAUGGAUGCCCUUCCACUUCGAUGGCCUGUUCAAAACGACAAAAGAGAUAAGAAAGGAUGGAAGCGAGCACCUCGUUCCUGUCCCACCGCAUUUUCAGUUUUUCGCCGCGGUAACUCCUAGUCCCAGGAAUACUGGCUACACCUUGUUCUCAAGCUCGAAGUUGGUUUUCGAGCAUUUGCCAGAAGAGAAGCCCUUGAAUCAACUGGCAUUUCUUACUUGGUCAGUCUCAACACGCUCGUUCGAUCAGUCGGUCAUUCGAGGCAUGCCGCUGGUGACCAGUCACCCUUCUACGGGCAGGCCUUGCCUACGGUUCCACGAGCGCUGGCCUCAAGAGAAGACGCGAUUCGAUCCUACACAUGUUGAGAUCGAGCAAGGCGAUCAGAGCGUGUGCGAUAUUUUGGAGCUGUUGCUGCAUGAUCGUCGCAUUUGCUAUUGGCAUUCAUGGCACGAAGGCGAUUUGGUCGUGAAUGAUAACAUUUCAACAAUGCACACAAGGAGUUCGUUCGAAGCAGGGGUAAAUCGUGAAUUGUGGCGUAUUCACUUUAAUUAG